AUGAAAGACCCCGAAUAUCAUAAGAAAUUGGUACUCAAACGAGUUCUGAAGCCCGUGGAGGAUGCGGAUCCCAAUGAUCCCGCCUCCAGCCGGAGCACGCUCCUCGAGAAUGGCUCGCCGUCUACAAAAAUUUAUCUUUCGGAGGAGGAACAACGCAAGAACAAGGAGGAAAUGCUCGAAAUUGGCGAUGACAUGGCUCUCCUACAACAUAUAGUUCACGGAUAUGCGCUGAGAAACAAAGAGUGGUUGAAUUUCUACGUUGACGAACUCAAGCCUGUGGAAUGGAACGAUGAAGCUUACGAACAUCUAGUGUACGACAAGCAACAGAAAGAUCUAGUUCUAUCCUUUGUUGAGAAUCACCAUGGGACACAGCGCCGGGAUGAUGACGUCAUCGCAGGGAAAGGCCAGGGACUGAAUAUCCUCUUGAGCGGGCCUCCUGGCACUGGGAAAACACUGACUGCGGAAGCGGUGGCCGACAGAUGCCGCCGGCCACUCUUCUACCUCCAAGCGGAGGAUCUGGGAAUCCUAGCCAGCGAACUUGGCCCGAAGAUUAAGAGAGUCUUUGAAAUGGCAAUCGAAUGGGACGCGGUAAUCCUGCUCGACGAAGCCGAUGUCUUCAUGUCAGAGCGCCAUCCCAACGACAUCGCGCGCAACGAACUUGUCUCGAUCUUCCUGCGUGAACUAGAAUACUUCCGAGGCAUCAUCUUCCUGACGACCAAUCUAUACGAGACUAUCGACACUGCCUUCCGAUCGCGCCUCAAUCUGCACCUUCUAUUCAGCCCCCUCACUCCAGAGACGCGCGAGACCGUAUGGCGGAAGUUCCUGGAAAGAAUGCCACCAAUGGCGCCGCGCCCUGGCGAGGAGGCAGAUGGGGAGCAAGAAGUAAGGAGUGUGAUGAAAGAAAUCACGGAUGAGGAUCUGAAGGAGCUGGCUAUGUGGCAGCUGAAUGGCAGAGAGAUUAAGAAUGCGGCGAAGAUGGCUAAGUCCUGGUGCGACUAUAAGGGGUAUGAUAUGACAUUGUCGCGAAUUGAGAGCGGGAUUAAGGUCACGGCUCCCAACAGCCUGAAGCGGGAUCAUACAACGCCGAAAGAACUGUAUGACUAG